AUGGAAUGGGUCGUCGAAUCGUCUCCGGCGACUGUCACCCGGCAGAGUAGAAAAACAGCGACUUUGCAGCUCUCUGGCGGCUGUCACCCGACGGAAAGGAGCUGGAUGGAGGUGGGGCGCGUGUCAGGGAACUUCAUCCUCAGGUCCGCACAGCAAGAGGAGGCUCUUCAUCGCAUCUGGUACGCUCUCAAGAGGUGGUAACUCGUCUCCCGGUGAAUCGUCCUCUUCCCGACGAUGGCUUGUUCGUCGAUCAAUCGAAGAUGCUUUACUCGAUGGAUUCGCGAUCCUUUUAUCGCGAAUCGUUCAGCAAUUUUAGUAACAAUGCUCCAUGAAUCGUGUUGACGAGAUUUUCACCGAUGAUCUAGUGAUUCUAGUUGCUUAGUCCUUCACUGGCGAUCUGCAGGAAAGUCGCAAUAAUCAGAUAAAAAUAUGAAUUUUGGCUCUGAGAGGAUUUAAACCCGCGCCAGUUGCCCGCCCCUUCUGGGGAAGAUGACGCGGGUUUAGUCCCACAUCAAUUGAGCGCUGAAUUUUCGGGCGAAUAUAUAGUAAUGUUAGAUCUCUAAGCAAGUCCCUUUCUCGAACGUGUACAACCACUCCUUGCCCCACAGCCGGCUGGCCACCGGUGAUGUGGAAGGGGAGUGGCACACACGUGCCCUAUCAGUCCAAACCGUUCAAGCCCCUGCUUGCGGCUCCUCCCUGACUGCGCUUCCGACCCGCUUGGGGGCCCGGCUGGCCGGCGGAUCCCCUCCAUUUUGUAAUAUUUUUAUUUUUAUUUCUUUUUCUCAAAAGUAAGACUGUAAAAAUCAUAUAAAAUCACAUAAUUACCUAAAAAUUCACGUUACUCAACUGAAAACCACUUUUCACACUUUAACACAAAUAUAAGUCUAUUUAUCAUGAGUUAAGGCUAAAACUAUAUUAUUUACUAAUUAUUAACUCAUGAUAAUGAAGACUUAUCACACCCCCCAACUUAAAUCAUUGCUAGUCCCUUAGCAAUGGAAUUACGAAAAUAAAAAUUUACAAAUCUCAAACAUCAUAUUCCAAUACAUAAAAAAAUACAAUUAGAAAUGAUGCACCUUUAGAUACUUUGGACUCUUAUAUCAAGUAUUUAAGAAUGAUGUCAAACACUUCAAUGUUUAAGCACUCUUUGGAAUAACAAUCUAGAAUUCACUUCUUCUAUUCACAUCUUUAUCACUUCUUCACUCAUAGAUAUAUUUACAAGAUGUUCCAAUUAUCAAUACUCAUCCAAGAAUAAUAUUGAUCCUACAUUUCCAUUUUUUCAUGGCUUGAUUUUUGAAGUUUGCACUAUAUUUCUUCCUUCUUUUUUUUUUUAUAUAUAUAUAGUGGAUAAGUAGCUUUUCUUGUAGACAAAUUUUGACAAUAAGAAUGAUGUCUCACACCCUCCAUGUGUACUCUUCAUUUUCAGGGCUUUCACUUUAUCCACUUAUUUUGUAGCAAGUGUUUUUCUAUACACGAUUUUCGACAAUAAGAAUGAUGUCUCACACCCUCCAUGUGUACUCUUCGUUUCUAGAUUUUUCACAUUACUCUCUCUUUUUUUUUCGAAAUAAGUGAUUUCUCCUCACAAGUCCUAUAGAUCAGGGUGCAAAAAUCUCUAUUAAACUCAAAUGAUCAAUCAAAUUUUCACACCAAGUAAAUACUAUCCAUCAAGAUCAUGAAGUGAAAAUCUGUAAAAUCAAAUUCAUGUUAUCUAUCAUGUAUCCAAGGAGUAUUCCAACAUUUCAUGCUACUAGAUCAUUCUUUUGACUUAAUAAUAAUCUUCCUAGUAUCUUUUGGUAUCAAUCAAUCUAAUUGAUUUAAUUUUUCAUGCAUGCAAUAUGAUGUAAGAAAUUUAUAAAUUAGAUAGUUCUGAUAGUUCUGUUUUCUAUUUUCAGUUUUAUUUUUAGCAACAAUAAAUUUGUCAAAAAUAAAUCAAAACUAUCCUCUUUAUAGCUGUAAUUUUGAAUUUUAGUAAUAUAUGUCUAGGGGAUUGAAAUGUGAGAAAAGGGUCUCUAGAAUUUCAAAUUUUGAGCUGAUUUUUGUCUGCUAUUUUUGACAAUCUGUUAUUCCUGACAGAAAAUCAGAAAAUAGAUGUUGCAGUUUUUUCGAAUUUUAUUUUAUUUUUUAAUUUUUCAGUUGCUGUUCUAAUGCAAACACAUCUUCUUAAUCGUCCUACAGCAUAAAUUAAUGAUGAAUACUUCACCCCCCAACUUAAAAAAUGACAUUGUCCUCAAAGACACAGAAAAAUUGAAACAGAAUGUCCUCAAGUCAAGCAUGCAUAUAUACAGAAUUAUGCAUAUAUGAUCAGUUUGUAAGUAGUACAAGAUGGCGAUAAAGCUCAGAAAGACAUCACCUCAACCUUGUUUUUAAUUUUUCACUUCAUCUUACACUCCUCCUCAUACACUUUUUUGAAAAAACAAAUACAGAAGUAAGUAUUGCAAAAUUUUAAGAAAAACAGAGCUUAGAAAAAAUCAAAUAGAAUGAAAUAAAAACCAUGGGUUGCCUCCCAUGCAGCCUUGAAUUUAAUGUCUUCAGUUGGACAGCUCUUAGAUCAUAUAAGAUGAUCUAUGGCCAUCAAAAUAUAUUUGUAUCCCAAGGUAAGUUUCAUGAUAUUCUUUUUCAGAUUUAGCAUAAAUUCAUAUACUUCAUAUAUAUACCUUGACAUACUCUCAGCCAAAACAAAAUGGAAAUCAACAAAGUUUCCCCAAAAAUAUUAUUUCCAUUUUGAAAAGAAUCUUUCCUUAUUUCUCUCUUGUUUUGUAAGGCUCUCAUUCAUUAAUAAAUACUUUCUAUUAAUAGACCAUAAAAUGUGAUCAGGCCAUAUAAUUUUCAAAUUAGCUCUUACCCAAUCUAGAAUUUUUUUCAUCUAAAUUUAUAUCUCUAAUUCUUCCACUCACCCAUUUCUUAAUGUGUUCUUUUAUCUGCAUAAUCUUCCCCUGCUCCAUUAUAUCUUCCAUACAUAUUUAUUCAAUUUGCGAGGAGUGAAAUAUUUCAAGCUUAGAAAUAAUUCUAAUGGGUUGUGGGUUUUGAAGGAUGGAAGGAUUGUCUUCUUUAAUCUCAGAUCUAAUGAAUUCAGUCAAAUUCAAAUUUUCUCCUCCAAAAUUAUCUCUAUAUUCAUAUUCAUUAUUUUUGUUUCUCCCCAUUAGUUGAAUUAACUCUUUUUCUAGUUUUUCGUUUCUCAACUCAUCAAAUUCUUCAUCCCAAGAGCUAUCUUUUAAUUUCGAUAUAUGAUAUACAUCAUCAUCCUCACUAUCAACAUCUAUGGCUGCAAAAGUAUGAUUAGAUUUAUUAAUUUUGUCUCCUACAUCUCCCAAAUCAACUGAUUUUUCCUCACUUGAAAUAUGUUUUUCUUCAUUUUUGUCCUUACUCUCUUCUACUAAAAUUUGGAUGAUUCUUCCAUGAUCAGAUGUUGUCUUUUCAUCUAAGGGCUCUUUCUCCUCAUCAUCCUCACUAUAUUCAUUCAUCAAUUGUGAGCAAUAAAUGAUUUUAUUCAAAUUUUCUGCUACUAUAUUUUCAGCCUUAAUAUUCUCAUUUACUUCUAAUGGCUCAUCAAUUUCUUCUAAUAAUUAGAAAUAAGGAUCAGGUAAAAUAUUCUCACUCAAUGUAUUCACUGUCCUAACAUUUUCAUUUCGUGGGUUUUUUUCUAAAUUUAUCCAGCUAGACUCUCCUUGUUGAAAUCCUACUGCUGGACGGUUCCCUAGAUUUUCUAUGGGCUGACUAGGUAGCUGUCCCUCUUCUCUCUUAUUCCCAAGAGCCUCUAUAAUUUGCUUCUAGUGCAGCAUCAUUUGAUUCAUAGUUUGUUGCAUCAUUUGGCUCAUUUGCUGCAUCAUUUCCAUAGUAUCAAGUUGGGUUUGAGAGGGCUGAUUUUUCUGAAAUCUGUGUUCCUAUUUUGGACGAAAUUCAAAAUUUGAAUUGGAUCUAAGUGCUUCUGGAUUUUGAAUAUUAUUUGAGUUUCUCCACGAAAAAUUAUUCCCCCAAUUAGGAUUAUAAGAAUUAGAAAAAUAUUUCCUAUUUUUACUAAAAUCGUGGGGUACCUGCACUUGUUCUUGCUUAGGAUGAUAUUGAAAUUCGAAAUGAUCAUUUUCAUCAUACAUAGGACAAGCACUAUAUGCAUUCAAUUGAAGGUUAAGAGGCUUUCUAAUAUUCUCAAUAAGUAAAUAAAGUUUUUCUAAUCUUUGAUUAAUCUAAUUAACCUCAUUUCUAAAUUUAGAAUCAUCAUUAUGAUGUAAUUCAUAAAUUCCUCUCUUCUUAUCCCUGUCAUAUAAUUCAAAAAAGGCUUGAUCUCUAGAAUUUUCACUUAAAUUCUCAUAAAGACUGUAAAUCUCAUCAGGGGUUUUCUCCAUAAAAGCUCUUCCACAUAUAGAAUCAACCAUAUCUCUAUGUUAUUCUAAUAAUCCAUCAUAAAAAAAUAUAUUGAGCUGCCACUUGGGUAUAGCAUGAUGAGGAUACUUUCUAAGUAAAUCUUUGAAUAUUUUCCAUGUCUCAUGUAAAGUUUCUCCUAGUCUUUGAGAAAAACUCCAUAUAUGUUUUCUCAUAUUUUGAGUUUUACCUAAAGGAUAAAAUUUUCAAAGAAAGGCCUGUUCUAUGUCUUUCUAGCUACUUAAUUAUCUAUCUAAUGUAAAUAGUGACGUUACUUAGUCGUUGUAUAUUAAAUCACGCAAAUAUAAAAUUUAUAAAACUAGAAAAUACAAAUUUUCAGAUAUUUAGAAGUAUUUAUGAACAAAUGUAUCAAUUAUAAUUCAAUAAAACUUUCAAAAAUAGCGAUAAUUUUGCAAGUUGAUCACAGGGAUGUAAUAUAAUAUCUGGUAAUUAUUUAGAAUUUUCCUCAGAGAAUAAUAUUUUAUAUGAAUUUUAUACUAAGAAAUGAAAAGGAAAUAUAUUUUAAAUUCGCGAAAAAAGGAAAUAAGGGUGCGGGCAUCAAGAAGACGUUAGUGCCCGGCGAACACGAAUCGGGCAGAAACAGAGUUAUGCCCGACGAUUCUUACGUAAGCGAUUACAGACGAUUUAAUUGAUCAAAUUAAGAUCUAUAAAAGAUGGAAGAAUCGUAAUGAAAUGAAAUAUAUGUUGGUAAAUUUAAAAUCAACAAAUUAUCACUAAAUGAAAUGGAAAUUAAGUUGAAAGCAAGAAAACAGAGUUCCGGCGUCAAGACGGCGAUGCGUCGGCGAUGCACCGGAAUCCUGAGCGUUCGGGAGGAUCGUCGUGCAGUGUCCACAGCCUCGAAGGCUCUCCUUGGACAAAGACGAUGUGGGCAAUCUCUAGAUCUUCUCGCGAAGUCUAGAGAUUAAUGAAAUGGGUCGUCGAGUCAUCUCCGGCGGCUGUCACCCGGCAGAGCAGAAAAAUGGCAACUUUGCGGCUCUCCGGCGGCUGUCACCCGACAGAGAGGAGCUGGAUGGAGGUGGGGGGCGCAUGUCAGGGAGCUUCAUCCUCAGGUCCGCGCAGCAAGAAGAGGCUCUUCAUCCAAUCUAGUACGCUCUCAGGAGGUGGCAACUCGUCUCCCAGCGGAUCGUCCUCUUCACGACGACGGCUUGUUCGUCGAUCAAUCGGAGAUGAUUUACUCGAUGGAUUCACGAUCCUUUUAUCGCGAAUCGUUUAGCAAUUUUAGUAGCAAUGUUCCGCGAAUCGUGUUGACGAGAUUUUCGUCGAUGAUCCAACGAUUCUCGUUGCUUAAUCCUUCACCGGCGAUCUGCAAGAAAGUCGCGAUAAUCAGAUAAAAAUAUAUGAAUUUUGACUCUGGGAGGAUUUGAAACCGCACCAGUUGUCCGCCCUUUCUGAGGAAGGUGUGACGCGGGUUUAGUCCCACAUCGGUUGUGCGCCGAUUUUUCGGGCAAAUAUAUAGUAAUGUUAGCUUUCUAAGCAAAGUUCCUUCUCUCGCGUGUACGACCACUCAUUGCCCCACAGUCGGCUGGCCACCGGUGACGUGGAAGGGGAGUGGCACACACGUGCCCCUAUCGGUCCAAGCCGCUCGAGCCCCUGCUCGCGGCUACUCCCCGACUGAGCUUCCGACCCACUUGCGGGCCCGGCUGACCGGCGGGUCCCCCCAUUUUGCAAUAUUUUAGUUUUAUUUCUUUUUCUUCAUUUAUCUCAAAAGUAAGAUUGUAAAAAUCAUAUAAAUUCAUAUAAAAUCACAUAAUUACCCAAAAAAUCACAUUAAUCAAUUGAAAACCACUUUUCACACUUUAGCACAAAUAUAAGUCUAUUUAUCACGAGUUAAGGCUAAAACUAUAUUAUUUACUAAUUAUUAACUCAUGAUAAUGAAGACUUAUCAUGCUGUAAAUGAUUUAAGCAUUCAUCAAAUGAUUCACCAAAAACAGAAAAAUCGUCCAUAAAAAUUUCCAUACAUUUUCCAAUCGUAUCAGAAAAAAUAGACAACAUACAUCUUUGAAAUGUGGCUGGAGCAUUACACGGACCAAAAAGCAUGCGUUUAAAAGCAAAAGUACCAAAUGGACAAGUGAAAGUUGUUUUUUCUUGAUCUAAAGGGUUUAUAUAAAUUUGAUUAUAACCAGAGUAUCCAUCUAGAAAACAAAAAAAGUUUUUUCUAGCUAAUUUUUCUAGAAUUUGAUUAGUAAAUGGCAGGGGAAAAUGAUCUUUUCUAGUAACUGAAUUUAAUUUUCUAUAAUCAAUGCAAACCCUCCAACCAGUAGUUAAUCUUGUUUGUAUUUCAUCUCCAUUUUUGUUUUUGAUAACCGUGAUCCCUGAUUUUUUUGGCACCACUUGUGUAGGACUAACCCAUUUGCUAUCUGAAAUAGGAUAAAUAAUAUCAGCAGCCAGCCACUUUAAAAUUUCUUUUUUUACAAUUUCCAUCAUGUUAGGAUUUAAUCUUCGUUGUGGUUCCUUGCUAGUUCUAGCCCCCUCCUCUAGAUAUAUACUAUGCAUGCAUACACUCAUAUCAAUGCCCCUUAGAUCAUCCAUUUUCCAGCCCAUAGCCUUCUUUUUUUUUCGAAGUACAUCUAAUAAUUCUUCUUCCUGUUCAUCACUCAAAUCAGCUACAAUAAUAACAGGAAAUGAAUUAUUUUCCUCCAAUAACAUAUAUUUUAAACUAGAGGGAAGAGGUUUCAACUCUAAAUUCAGAUGAUCUUCCUCUUUCUUUUCUUCUAAAUUUAUAUUCUCUAUUUCCUCUAAUUCUUCCAGCACACAGUCAUCAAUAACAUCUGGAUCAUCAAAAUCAUCUAGAAGAUCUAUGGUAUGACAAUCAUAUACUUGGGAUUUCUUAAGAUCAUUUGAUACCUCAAAAAAUUUAAUUUCUACUGAUUGAUCUCCACAUGAAAUUUUCGCAAUACUUGUGGGAAAAUCAAUAUUCAUCUUUGCUGUAUACAAAAAUGGUCUCCCUAGGAUGAUUGGCAUAUCAUAAAACUGUCCAUUAAAAUCCAUUUCCAACACUACAAAAUCAGCUGGAAAUUUACACCCUUUAACUGUCACUAUCACAUUUUCUAAAAUACCUUUAGGAUGUUUUAUGGAUCUAUCAGCAAAUUGUAAGGUAACAGUAGAAGGUUUAAGAUCAGAAAUAUUAAAUUUAUCACAAAUACUUGCAGGUAAUAAAUUAAUACUAGCACCGGUGUCAAGUAAUGCAUUCUGAAAAAUGGAUCCACCAAUAUCACACGAAAUUAAAGGGACACCUGUAUCUCUCAAUUUAUAUGAUAAUUGAUUUAAUAAUAAUGUACUAGCAUGCAUAGAUAAUUUUUCUACUCUAGGUGCCCUUUUUGGUGUACACAUUUCUUUCAAAACUCUAGCAUAUUCAGGAAUAUGUUCAAUGGCAGUGAGUAAAGGAAGACUAAUUUGCACAUCUUGUAAGAUUUUCUUUAUUUCUUCAUUGUGUUCCUUUUUCUUUCUUUGUCUAGGCUCUAGAGCUUUAGGAAAUGGAAUGGUUGUCCUCUCUUUCGAAAUUUCCUUGGUAGAAUCUAUAAAAUCCUCUUCUACUCCUAUUUGAUUUUGUUUUGGGUUGUCCAUAUUUUCUUUUUCUUCUAAUGUUUGGGGAUAAAGAUCAGGUAAAAUCUUACCACUCCUUAAUGCAUUCACUGUCCUAACAUUUUCAUUUCGUGGGUUUUUUCCUAGAUUCAUGCUACUAGACUCCCCUUGCUAAAAUCCUAUUGUUGGACGGUUCCCUGGAUUUUCUAUGGGCUGACUAGGUAGCUGUCCCUCUUCUCUCUUAUUCCCAAGGGCCUCUAUAAUUUGUUUCUGGUGCUGCAUCAUUUGAUUUAUAGUUUGUUGCAUCAUUUGAUUCAUAGUUUGUUGCAUCAUUUGGCUCAUUUGCUGCAUCAUUUCUAUAGUAUCAGAUUUGGUUUGAGAGGGCUGAUUUUUCUGAAAUCUGUUUUCUUGUUUUGGACAAAAUUCAGAGUUUGAAUUGGGUCUAAGUGCUUCUGAGUUUUGAAUAUUAUUUGGGUCUCUCCAUGAAAAAUUAUUCCUCCAAUUAGGAUUAUAAGAAUUUGAAAAAGGUUCUCUAUUUCUAUUAAAACUGUGAGCCACUUGCACUUGUUCUUGCAUAGGGUGAAAUGAUUGAUCUAAGUUAGAACAUUGAAAUUCAGAAUAAUCAUUUUCACCAUACAUAAGACGUACUAUUUGAAUUAAGUUGAGGGUUAAAAGGCUUUCUAAUAUUGUCAAUAAGUAAAUCAAUUUUUUCUAAUCUUUGAUUAAUCUAAUUAACCUCAUUUCUAAGUUUAGAAUCAUCAUCAUGAUGCAAUUCAUAAAUUCCUCUCUUCUUAUCCCUAUCAUAUAAUUCAAAAGAGGCUUGAUCUCUAGAAUUUUCACUUAAAUUCUCAUAAAGACUAUAAAUCUCAUCAAGGGUUUUCUCCAUAAAAGCUCCUCCACAUAUAGAAUCAACCAUAUUUCUAUGUUAUUCUAAUAAUCCAUCGUAAAAAAUUAUAUUGAGCUGCCACUUGGGUAUAGAAUGAUAAGGACACUUUCUAAGUAAAUCUUUGAAUGUUUCCCAUGUCUCAUGUAAAGUUUCUCCUGAUCUUUGAGAAAAACUCCAUAUAUGUUUUCUCAUAUUUUGGGUUUUUCCUAAGGGAUAAAAUUUUCAAAGAAAGGCAUGUUCUAUGUCUUUCUAGCUAGUUAAUUCUCUAUCUAAUGUGGAUAGCUAAUGGCUAGCUUUGUCCCUGUGUAUGAGGAAAUAAUUUCAUCUUAAUAAUUUCCGACGUAACUUGAGGGAGAUUAACUAAAUCAUAGACAAUAUGAAAUUUUUCUAAGUGCUGAUGAGGUUCCUCUAAAGGCAAUCCAAGAAAAUUAGGGAGCAUUUGAAAAAUUCAUGAAUUUAUUUCGAAUUUAACAGUGGGUGCUAAUGGGACUCUAAUAUUUGAUGCUCUUUGAAAUGAAUCAGGGAUAUAAUGAUUUUUCAUGGCCAUAGGAUUGUUCUCAGUUUGACCUGUACUUCCUUCAAGAUCCAUCAAAAUUAAUUUUUCUUUCGGAUUUUUAUUUUUGAAUGAAAUAAUGAAAGGAUUUUCUAGUCUUGGAUGCAAGGAUCUUCUACCAUGCAUAAAAAUCAAUAAAUUCGAGGGAAACAUUUAGUAAUUGUUACCCUCCUUCAGGAUGUUCCAAUCCUUGCCUUGCUUCUUUUCGUUCCCUUUUUCUAAAAAAAAUUGGCAAAAAGAAAAUAAAACAAGAGUUAAAUUUUUUUUGUGUACUCUAAGAGAAAAACAGAAAAAUACUAAAUAUUAUGCAAUACAUCCCCGGCAACGGCACCAAAAUUUGACGCGACUUAGUCGUUGUAUAUUAAAUCAUGCAAAUAUAAAAUUUAUAAAACUAGAAAAUACGAAUUUUCAGAUAUUUAGAAGUAUUUCUAAACAAAUAUACCAAUUAUAAUUCAAUAAAACUUUCAAAAAUAGCGGUAAUUUUCCAAGUCAAUCACAGGGAUGUAGUAUAAUAUCUGGUAAUUAUUCAAAAUUUUCCUCAAAGAAUAAUAUUUUAUAUGAAUUUUAUACUAAGAAAUGAAAAGGAAAUAUAUUUUAAAUUCACUAAAAAAGGAAAUAAGGGUGCGGGUGUCAGGAUGACAUCAGCGCCCGGCGAACGUGAAUCGGGCGGAAACAAAGUUCCACCCGGCGAUUCUUACGUAAGCGAUUACAAAUGAUUUAAUUGAUCAAAUUAAGAUUAACAUCUGGUAAUUAUUCAGAAUUUUCCUCAGAGAAUAAUAUUUUAUAUGAAUUUUAUACUAAGAAAUGAAAAGGAAAUAUAUUUAAAAUUAACGAAAAAAGGAAAUAAGGGUGCGGGCAUCAGGAUAACGUCAACGCCCGGCGAACGCAAAUCGAGCGGAAACAGAGUUCCGCCCGGUGAACGCAAAUCGAGCAGAAACAGAGUUCUGCCCGGCGAUUCUUACGUAAGCGAUUACAUACGAUUUAAUUGAUAAAAUUAAGAUCUGUAAAAGAUGGAAGAAUUGUAAUGAAAUUAAGUAUAUGUUGGUAAAUUUAAAAUCAACAAAUUAUCACUAAAUGAAACGGAAAUUAAGUUGAAAGCAGGAAAACAGAGUUUCGGCGUCGCGACGGCGAUGCAUCAGAAUGCUGAGCGUUCGGGAGGAUCGUCGUUUAGUGUCCACGGCCUCGAAGGCUCUCCUUGGACAAAGACGACAUGGGCAAUCUCUAGAUCUUCUCACGAAAUCUAGAGAUUAAUGAAAUGGGUCGUCGAGUCGUCUCCGGCGGCUGUCUCCCAGCGGAGCGGAAAAACGGCGACUUUGCGGCUCUUCGGCGGCUGUCACCCGACAAAGAGGAGCUGGAUGGAGGUGGGGGGCGCAUGUCAGGGAGCUUCAUCCUCAGGUCCGCGCAGCAAGAAGAGGCUCUUCAUCCAAUCUAGUACGCUCUCAGGAGGUGGCAACUCGUCUCCCAGCGGAUCGUCCUCUUCACGACGACGGCUUGUUCGUCGAUCAAUCGGAGAUGAUUUACUCGAUGGAUUCACGAUCCUUUUAUCGCGAAUCGUUUAGCAAUUUUAGUAGCAAUGUUCCGCGAAUCGUGUUGACGAGAUUUUCGUCGAUGAUCCAACGAUUCUCGUUGCUUAAUCCUUCACCGGCGAUCUGCAAGAAAGUCGCGAUAAUCAGAUAAAAAUAUAUGAAUUUUGACUCUGGGAGGAUUCGAAACCGCACCAGUUGUCCGCCCUUUCUGAGGAAGGUGUGACGCGGGUUUAGUCCCACAUCGGUUGUGCGCCGAUUUUUCGGGCAAAUAUAUAGUAAUGUUAGCUUUCUAAGCAAAGUUCCUUCUCUCGCGUGUACGACCACUCAUUGCCCCACAGUCGGCUGGCCACCGGUGACGUGGAAGGGGAGUGGCACACACGUGCCCCUAUCGGUCCAAGCCGCUCGAGCCCCUGCUCGCGGCUACUCCCCGACUGAGCUUCCGACCCACUUGCGGGCCCGGCUGACCGGCGGGUCCCCCCAUUUUGUAAUAUUUUAGUUUUAUUUCUUUUUCUUCAUUUAUCUCAAAAGUAAGACUAUAAAAAUCAUAUAAAUUCGUAUAAAAUCACAUAAUUAUUGAAAAAAUCACAUUAAUCAACUGAAAACCACUUUUCACACAUUAACAUAAAUAUAAGUCUAUUUAUCACGAGUUAAGGCUAAAAUUAUAUUAUUUACUAAUUAUUAACUCAUGAUAAUGAAGACUUAUUAGAUAGCCAAUGACUAGCUUUGUCUCUAAGUGUAUGAGGGAAUAAUUUCAUCUUAAUAAUUUCCGGUGUAACUUGAGGGAGAUUAACUAAAUCAUAGACCAUAUAAAUUUUUUCUAAGUGCUGAUGAGGUUCCUCUAAAGGCAAUCCAUGAAAAUUAAGGAGCAUUUGAAAAAUUCUUGGAUUUAUUUCGAAUUUAACAGUGGGUGCUAAUGGGACUCUAAUAUUGGAUGCUCUUUGAAAUGAAUAAGGGAUAUAAUGAUUUUUCAUAGCCAUAGGAUUGCUCUCAAUUUGACCUGUACUUCCUUCAGGAUCCAUCAAAAUUAAUUUUUCUUUCGGAUUUUUAGUUUUGAAUGAAAUAAUGAAAGUAUUUUGUAGCCUUGGAUGCAAGGAUCUUCUACCAUACAUAAAAAAUCAAUAAAUUUGAGGGAAAAGUUUAGUAAUUGUUACCCUCCUUCAGUAUGCUCCAGUCCUUGCCUUGCUUCUUUUCGUUCCCUUUUUCUAAAAAAAUUUCGACAAGAAAAAAAUAAAAGAAGAGUUAAUUUUGUUUUAUUUUUUUUAUUUACUCUAAGAGAAUAACAGAAAAAUACUAAAUAUUAUGCAAUACAUCCCUGACAAUGGCACCAAAAUUUGACGUGACUUAGUCAUUGUAUAUUAAAUCACGCAAAUCUAAAAAUUUAUAAAACUAGAAAAUAUGAUUUUUUGGAUAUUUAGAAGUAUUUCCAAACAAAUAUAUCAAUUAUAAUUCAAUAAAACUUCCACAAAAUAGCGGUAAUUUUUCAGUCGAUCACAGGGAUGUAAUAUAAUAUUUGGUAAUUAUUCAGAAUUUUCCUCAAAGAAUACUAUUUUCUAUGAAUUUAUACUAGUAAAUGAAAAGGAAAUAUAUUUAAAAUUCAUGAAAAAGGAAACUAAGGGUGCAGACGUCACGAUGAUGUCAGUGCUCGGCAAACACGAAUCGAGCAGAAACAGAGUUCUGUCUGGCGAUUCUUAUGUAAGCAAUUACAAAUAAUUUAAUUGAUCAAAUUAAGAUCUAUAAAAGUCGAAAGAAUCGUAAUGAAAUGGAGUAUAUCUUGGUAAAUUUAAAAUCAACAAAUUAUCACUAAAAGAAGUGAAAAUUAAGUUGAAAGCAGGAAAACAGAGUUCUGGCGUCACGGCGGCGAUGCGUCGGCAAUGCACCGGAAUCCUGAGCGUUCGGGAGGAUAAUCGUGUAGUGUCCACGGCCUCAAAGGUUCUCCUUGGACAAGGACGAUGUGGGCAAUCUCUAGAUCUCCUUGCAAAGUCUAGAGAUCAAUGAAAUGGGUCGUCGAAUCAUCUCGGCGGUUGUCACUCGGCGGAGCAGAAAAACGACGACUUUGCAGCUCUUCGGCUGCUAUCACCCGACAGAGAGGAGCUAGAUGGAGGUAGGGCGCGUGUUAGGGAGCUUCAUCCUCAGGUCCACGCAGCAAGAGGAGGCUCUUCAUCGCAUCUGGUAUGCUCUCAGGAGGUGACGACUCAUCUCUCAGCAGAUCGUCCUCUUCCCGACGAUGGCUUGUUCGUCGAUCAAUCGGAGAUGCUUUACUCAAUGGAUUUGCGAUCCUUUUAUCGCGAAUCGUUCAGCAAUUUUAGUAACAAUGCUCCACGAAUCGUGUUGA